UACCUCGCGCUCAGUUACGUGUGGGGCGAGCCUCAGCCCCACCAGACCACUACGUGCAACAUAUCUACCUACGCCAAGCGGAUCGACGUCUCUCUUCUUCCCCAAACCAUCCGUGACGCAAUCGCUGUGACGCACUCCCUCGGGCUUCAGUAUCUCUGGACGGAUAGUCUCUGCAUUAUGCAAGAUUCGGGCGAAGACAAACUGCAUGAGCUGGCGCGUAUGCAUCUCGUGUAUCGCUACGCGUACUUGACUAUCAUCGCCGCCAGUGCUGAGCGGGUCAGUGAUGGCUUCCUUGAAGAUCGCUCGCCGCCGCUAGACCCGGAGGACUACCUCACGCUUCCGAUCGUCUGUCCCCCGCACUCUCAUACACCUGGAGGCAGCAUAACAGGCCCCAUCAACGCACGGGGCUGGUGCUUGCAAGAGUUCUACAUGUCCCCUCGCGCACUCCUCUUCACAUCGGUCACGCUCCAAUUCAAGUGUCAGGCCGGCAGGUGGAACAUCGGGCACUCUUUGCAAACAACAAAGAACGAUUUCUGGCUGCCCGACGUACUCUUCUAUCCAGAUCCGCCCGCACUCGAACAGGGCUCCUUGGAUUGGUCCAUGGUACACCGCCGUUGGGGCGACAUUGUGCAUCAGUACUCCACGCGCAAGCUUGGCGAAGCGUCCGACAAGCUCGUCGCAUGUGGCGCUCUCGCGGAGGCAUUCCACCGGAUCCUGUCCUCCGACUAUCUCGCUGGGCUCUGGCGCGACACCCUUCUCCACGACCUGCUUUGGCGGCGCGCUCCAGAUGCAAUGUCGAUCACGGACUUGGUUCGCCCGGCGGAGUACCGUGCACCAUCAUGGUCGUGGGCCUCCGUGGACGGGCCGGUCUCUAUGCUUCCCUGGGACUAUGGUGCGGAUGCGACCGCCGUUGCGGAAAUACUUCGCUGCGAGGUGACACUCAAGGACCCAGAGCUUCAGUUUGGGGAGCUAAGGGGUGCGUCCAUCGUCCUGCGA